GAGGACCGUGUUAACAGCACGAAACUUUGCAUGUGGGGUUUUACGUACUGCAGUUUCUUUAUAGUAUCCAAGCUGUGUGCAGUACCUCUGGGUGUUCUCUGAGACGACUCGACAGGCAGCUACCGAUUACAUUCAGAAAGCUGUUACUAGUUGCUGUAUCUUGAAAGACUCCGUGUGUUGUACAGGUGUUCUUCAAAUGGCAGGAAUCAUGGCUUUGACAAAGCGUAGGAAUUACUAAGCUGCAUUCUUCCUGACGCUAUCUUUUAGUGUAAUUACAGGAUCAAAACCCAUACUGGUUGAAUUCUUAAUUGUACUCUCACCUUGUCUGAAUGUUGUAAGCUGUAGAAAGUAAGUCUCAUACAGUGGUUUAAGAAUGGGUACAUUUUUCUAAAAUUUUUUAUUUGCUUGAUCAUAACUACCAUAAAGUGACGUUAACUAUUUAUUUUCAUGCAUAUUUCAUACUUCCUAAUUAAAAUCUCUUUUUUUUCUGUGGCUAAUACAGAUGUCUUAAAUACUCUCACUUCUGUCUGCCUGUUAUACCUCCCAAUCUCAACAAAGAGGGUCCCGAUAACAUUUUGUCCCCUCAGCAGUGUCUGACUUAUCACCUGCCCCGGCCUUAGUUAUGCAAGAAGCCGCCUUUUCGAGGCUCGUAAGAGGGUAGUGCGGCGGUGCCUAGACAGUGAGCCUUAGAGGGCUUCUGUAAUCCAGCAGACUUGGUCCUGUCCUUCAGGAUUUGUGAGUGGAGCAGCCUGGUUUUAAGGGGCCUCUUCCAAUAAGAACCCAUGUUUCUGAAAAUUUUAGACAUGCAGUUCCUUGGCUCGCUUAUUCCGAACUCCAAAGUUUACAGACCUUUCUUAUUUGUUUUGGGUUUUGGGAAAACAAAGGUCUUGUUUGAGUUUUCUGGAGGCAUGUCUUGCCCUUUGGCAGGUUUCAGCUGUCACCAGCUCUCAUCUCCUCGGUUAAGAGUCCCUCUGCAGCCUUCUGCAUUUAAGAACAUUUUUGUGCCCCAGCUGUACUGUGGCUGCGCAUUCAACACACAGGUGGCACAGACACUUGCAGAAUUGUAAAAUCAUGACAAAGAUAGAAAUUCCUUGGAGAUUUCUAGUAAGCCAGUGGUUAAUGUGUGUGCAUUGUCAGCAUUGUUGUACUGGAGAGCUGAGUGUCAGUUUUCCACUUGGGAGAUUCCCACUGUGAUCUAGUUUCACAGCAAUAUAUAACUGUGUUCCCUGCAUAUCUUGGGACAGGAUUAUGCGCUAUGCGCUGCUGUCUGCUAUUUAAAAUGUUGUUUGUGUAACAGGUCCUGUAUCGGUCGCAAUUUGCUGUUUGGGUCUGCUUUAGACAAAGUUUUAACGAAGCCUUUGUGCAAGUAACAUCUGAUCGGCGCUCUGGCAAGGCUUACAGGUGGCUGGUUCUUUCUAUGGAGGGCGUUCUUCAGAUGGCAAAUGCUACUCUGCUUCUUGAUCUUGUUUUGCAGCUCAACAGGCCCUGUGCAUUCUUUCAGAACUGGGGAAAGAAGACGAAAAGGUGUUUGAUCCAAAUGCUUUGGAUGCCGAUCGCUGUGAAAGCUGUUACGGGGCAGAGUCAGAGGACAUUCGGUGCUGCAAUACUUGUGACGAUGUCAGAGAAGCAUACAGGUGAUGAGGCUGGGCCUUCGAGAGCCCGGAUAGCAUAGAGCAGUGCAAGAGGGAAGGAUUUAGCCAGAAAAUGGAAGAGCAGAAGAACGAGGGCUGCCGAGUGUACGGUUUCCUGGAGGUCAACAAGGAUGACGUGAAGAGGAGGCAACAGAAGGAGAAGUCCAAGAAGCCGGUGCCACCAGCAGCCCCUCGGCCAGCCAGGGCUCUGUUUUGCUUAACCCUGCAAAACCCACUGCGGAAGGCAUGUAUCAGCAUUGUAGAGUGGAAACCCUUCGAGAUCAUCAUCCUCCUGACCAUCUUUGCCAACUGUGUUGCACUGGCCAUCUACCUGCCGAUGCCCGAGGAUGACACCAAUGUUGCCAACUCCAGCCUGGAGAAGAUUGAGUACGCCUUCCUGAUCUUCUUUGCCAUUGAGGCAAUGCUCAAGAUAAUUGCCUAUGGGUUUCUUUUCCAUACGGAUGCCUAUCUCCGAAACGGCUGGAAUGUGCUCGACUUCUCCAUCGUGUCUUUAGGGCUUAUCACCAUGACCCUGGAGCAGGUCAAUGCGAAGCAGGGAGGGACUUCAGGAGGAAAAGGCGGCUUUGACGUGAAGGCCCUGCGAGCGUUUCGUGUGCUGAGACCCCUGCGCCUGGUGUCCGGAGUGCCAAGCCUUCAGGUUGUCCUGAACUCCAUCAUCAAGGCCAUGGUGCCCCUGCUGCACAUUGCCUUGCUGGUCCUCUUCAUGAUCAUCAUCUAUGCCAUCGUCGGGCAAGAGCUUUUCAAGGGCAAGAUGCACAAGACCUGCUACUACCUUGGGACAGAUGUGAUUGCCACGGUGGCAUCAGAGAAGCCAGCUCCAUGCACCAGCUCUGGCCAUGGGCGACACUGCACCAUCAAUGGCACUGAGUGCCGAAGUGGCUGGCCGGGGCCCAACAAUGGCAUCACUCACUUCGAUAACUUUGGCUUUGCCAUGCUGACUGUCUAUCAGUGCAUCACCAUGGAGGGCUGGACCGAAGUCCUCUACUGGGUAAAUGAUGCCAUUGGGAAUGAAUGGCCCUGGAUCUACUUUGUCAGCCUUAUCUUGCUAGGCUCCUUCUUCGUUCUCAACCUGGUGCUAGGGGUGCUCAGUGGAGAGUUCACAAAAGAGCGUGAGAAGGCCAAGUCACGGGGCACAUUUCAGAAGUUGCGGGAGAAGCAGCAACUGGAGGAGGAUCUGAAGGGCUACAUGGACUGGAUCACCCACGCUGAGGUCAUGGACGGUGACCGGGCCAGAGGAGAAGGUAUGAUGGCAUCAGACGAAGGAGGGUCAGAGACAGAGAGCUUGUAUGAAAUUGAGGGCAUGAACAAGUGGAUUCUCUACUUCCGUCAGUGGAGGCGUUGGAACCGAAUGUUUCGCAGGAAGUGCAGGGAUGUGGUGAAGUCCAGGUUCUUCUACUGGCUUGUCAUCCUUCUGGUGGCACUGAACACCCUCUCCAUCGCCUCUGAGCACCACUUCCAGCCAGAAUGGCUGACACAUGUGCAAGAUAAUGCCAACCGGGUGCUGCUAGCACUCUUUGUGGCUGAGAUGCUGCUGAAGAUGUACGCGUUGGGCUUACGCCAGUACUUCAUGUCCCUCUUCAACCGUUUUGACUGCUUCGUGGUGUGUGCGGGGAUCUUGGAGACCAUCCUAGUGGAGCUUAACACCUUGUCACCCCUGGGCAUCUCUGUGCUGCGUUGCAUCCGGCUCCUCCGCAUCUUCAAGAUCACCAGGUACUGGACAUCCCUGAGCAACCUGGUAGCUUCCCUGCUGAACUCAGUCCGCUCCAUUGCCUCUCUGCUCCUCCUCCUCUUCCUCUUCAUCAUUGUCUUUGCACUGCUGGGCAUGCAGCUCUUUGGGGGCAAGUUUGACUUUGAGGACAUGGAAGUGCGGCGCAGCACAUUUGACAACUUUCCCCAGGCCCUCAUCAGUGUCUUCCAGAUCCUGACCGGGGAGGACUGGAAUUCAAUCAUGUACGAUGGGAUCAUGGCCUACGGGGGUCCUUCCUUUCCGGGCAUGCUGGUCUGCAUCUACUUCAUCAUCCUCUUUGUUUGUGGGAACUAUAUCCUCCUCAAUGUCUUCCUGGCCAUUGCAGUUGAUAACCUAGCUGAGGCUGAGAGCCUGACCUUAGCCCAGAAGGCCAAAGCAGAGGAACGCAAGCGGCGGAAGAUGUCAAGAGGUUACCCAGAGAAGUCUGAAGAUGAGAAGCAGAUGAUGGCAAAGAAGCUUGAGCAGAAAGCAAAGGCAGAAGGGAUUCCCACAACAGCCAAGUUAAAAGUGGAUGAAUUUGAAUCCAAUGUCAAUGAGAUCAAAGACCCCUACCCUUCUGCAGAUUUCCCAGGUGACGAUGAGGAAGAUGAGCCUGAAAUCCCCCUGAGUCCUCGGCCACGUCCCCUCGCAGAGCUACAGCUGAAAGAGAAGGCUGUGCCCAUGCCUGAAGCCAGCUCCUUCUUCAUCUUCAGCCCAACUAACAAGUUUCGGAUGCUGUGCCACAGGAUUGUCAAUGCCACCUGGUUCACCAACUUCAUUCUGCUCUUCAUUCUGCUCAGCAGCAUCUCACUGGCAGCUGAGGACCCCAUCCGGGCUGAGUCCUUCCGCAAUCAGAUUCUCGGAUACUUUGACAUUGGUUUCACCUCUGUCUUCACAGUCGAAAUAGUCUUGAAGAUGACAGCCUACGGUGCUUUCCUGCACAAAGGCUCCUUCUGCAGGAACUCUUUCAACAUCCUCGAUUUGCUGGUGGUCGCUGUCUCCCUCAUCUCCAUGGGAAUUGAGUCCAGUGCCAUCUCAGUGGUGAAGAUCCUCCGGGUGCUGAGGGUGCUGAGGCCCCUGCGAGCCAUUAACAGGGCAAAGGGGCUAAAGCACGUGGUCCAGUGUGUAUUCGUGGCCAUCAAGACUAUCGGUAACAUUGUGGUCGUCACAACAUUGCUGCAGUUCAUGUUUGCCUGCAUUGGAGUCCAGCUCUUCAAGGGCAAGUUUUAUAGAUGCACAGAUCCAUCCAAGAUGACAGAGAAGGACUGCAGGGGUUAUUUCAUCAACUACGUGGACGGGGACCCCAAGCAGAUUGAGCUACAGCAGCGUGUCUGGUUGCCCAGCAACUUCCACUUCGACAAUGUCUUCUCAGCCAUGAUGUCACUUUUCACUGUCUCCACCUUCGAGGGCUGGCCACAGCUGCUGUAUAUGGCUAUUGACACUAACGCUGAGGAUACAGGCCCUAUCUACAACUAUAGGGUGGAGAUUGCAAUGUUCUUCAUCAUCUACAUCAUCCUCAUUGCCUUCUUCAUGAUGAAUAUCUUUGUGGGCUUUGUCAUUGUCACUUUCCAGGAGCAGGGGGAGAGCGAGUACAAGAAUUGUGAGCUGGACAAGAACCAGCGCCAGUGUGUGCAGUAUGCGCUGAAGGCUCGUCCACUGCGGUGCUACAUCCCCAAGAACCCCUAUCAGUACCAGAUCUGGUAUGUGGUCACCUCCUCCUACUUUGAGUACCUCAUGUUCUUCCUGAUCCUGCUGAACACCAUCUGCCUGGGCAUGCAGCAUUACAACCAGUCUGCAGAAAUGAACCACAUCUCAGACAUCCUCAAUGUGGCCUUCACCAUCCUUUUCACCCUGGAGAUGAUCCUCAAGCUCAUGGCCUUUAAAGCCAAGGGCUACUUUGGGGACCCCUGGAACGUCUUUGACUUCCUCAUAGUGAUUGGCAGCAUCAUUGACGUCAUCCUCAGUGAGAUUGAUGACUCUGAUGACAAUUCUCGUGUCUCCAUCACUUUCUUCCGACUGUUCCGGGUGAUGCGGCUGGUGAAGCUGCUGAGCCGGGGGGAAGGUGUCAGGACCCUCCUGUGGACCUUCAUCAAGUCUUUCCAGGCUCUGCCCUACGUGGCCCUGUUGAUUGUGAUGCUUUUCUUCAUCUAUGCUGUGAUCGGGAUGCAGAUGUUUGGGAAGAUUGCCAUGGUGGAUGGGACCCAGAUCAACCGAAACAACAACUUCCAAACCUUUCCACAAGCUGUGCUGCUGCUCUUCAGGUGUGCAACUGGUGAGGCCUGGCAGGAGAUCCUACUGGACUGCAGCUACGGCAAGCUGUGUGACCCUGAGUCAGACUUUGCUGAGGGCGAGGAGUACACCUGCGGCACGGGUUUUGCCUACUUCUAUUUCAUCAGCUUCUACAUGCUCUGUGCCUUCCUGAUCAUUAACCUCUUUGUGGCUGUCAUCAUGGAUAACUUUGACUACCUCACUCGUGACUGGUCCAUCCUUGGGCCCCAUCACCUGGACGAGUUCAAACGGAUCUGGGCUGAGUAUGACCCUGAGGCCAAGGGCAGAAUCAAACACUUGGAUGUAGUGACUUUGCUGAGACGUAUCCAGCCUCCCCUGGGCUUCGGAAAGUUCUGCCCGCACCGUGUAGCUUGUAAGCGUCUGGUGUGCAUGAACAUGCCCCUGAACAGCGAUGGCACUGUCACUUUCAAUGCAACUCUCUUUGCACUGGUGAGGACAGCCCUCAAGAUCAAGACAGAAGGUAACUUUGAGCAGUCCAACGAGGAACUCAGAGCCAUUAUCAAAAAAAUCUGGAAGAGAACAAGUAUGAAGCUUUUGGACCAGGUCAUCCCACCUAUUGGAGAUGAUGAAGUGACAGUGGGCAAAUUCUAUGCUACUUUCCUCAUCCAAGAGCAUUUCAGGAAGUUCAUGAAGCGCCAGGAGGAGUAUUACGGGUACCGGCCCAAGAAGAACCCUGUGGAGAUCCAGGCUGGGCUGAGGAGCAUUGAAGAAGAAGCUGCUCCUGAAAUCCAUCGGGCCAUUUCUGGGGACCUCACUGCUGAGGAGGAGCUGGAAAGAGCAAUGGUGGAGGCUGCCAUGGAGGAAGGGAUAUACAGGAGAACAGGUGGCUUGUUUGGCCAGGUCGACAGCUUCCUGGAGCCCAGCAGCCCUCUGCAGCCCCAAGUGGCCAGCCAGAGGCCCCUGCAGUUCUUGGAGGUGGGCAGCGAGGACCUCGAUUCCCCUGUCUUCCUUGAUGACUUCCCCCAGGAAGGCAAUACCAACAGCAACAAUGCCAACAGCAACAACUGGCUGGAGGGGAUGGAAUAUGAGGACGAGGUGCUGAGGAAGACGGUUUCAGCAGCACCCAGGCAUCCAGCACGGGAGCUCAGCCACCCCCUACCCAUGAAGAGGCUGCAAUGGAGACUGAGCAGGAGACAAGGGACCACCGCUGGAGUUCACCCAUCAUCAGAGCUGCACCUUCUCCCCCAGGAGGCUCUGAUCUCUGGGGGCCUUGUGGCUCUGGCCUGUGACCCAUCCUUCGUAGCAGUGACCAGGGACGAGAUGGCAGCCAGCAGCCAGCUGGAGAUGGAUGAAGUGGAGAAGGCAGCCUUGGAGCUGUUAAAGGGAAGAGAAACACCGCAGGGUACAAAAACUGACUCUGCCCCCCAGGACACCUCGGCUGCGUCACUAGGCAUCUCCCCAGAGCUCAGCACAGCCCCCUCCCAAAAGACCACCACCGCCACCCGCCUGUGAGUGACCUGCCAAUGCAGCCCAGUGGGCACGGUCCCUUCAGGAGCUUGCAGGGGGGGGUUACUGGAGCAAUGCCGCACUGAUCCCCCUCUCUACCUGGGGUCCUGAUGGGCUCUAUCCAGCUGCAGGAGGAUUUUUGGGCUGGGUCUCCAGGAUGCUGGUGCAGGACAGGAUAAUGCUGUGCCCGCAGGGUCUUGCAAGAGCUGGACAGGUCAUUAAAGUGUUCCUGCUGUGUGA